AUGGCGACUGGCGGAGAGGCCCCGGAAUCCUGGUAUCUUGCCUUGCUUGGUUUUGCGGAACAUUUUCGCACUUCGAGUCCUCCUAAAAUUCGCCUCUGUGUGCACUGUCUCCAGGCUGUAUUUCAGUUCAAGCCUCCACAAAGGGUAGAAGCCCGAACGCAUCUUCAGCUUGGCUCGGUGCUCUAUCACCACACCAAGAACAGCGACCUCGCCCGGAACCAUCUCGAGAAAGCGUGGUGCAUCUCGCAACAAAUCCCCCAGUUUGAAGAUGUUAAAUUUGAAGCUGCCAGUCUCCUUUCAGAGCUUUAUUGCCAACAGAAUCUGGUUGAUUCUGCUAAACCUUUACUACGCAAAGCGAUCCAGAUUUCGCAGCAGACUCCCUACUGGCACUGCAGAUUGUUAUUUCAACUAGCACAACUGCACACACUAGAGAAGGACUUGGUGUCUGCAUGUGAUUUAUUGGGUGUAGGUGCUGAAUAUGCCAGGGUCGUCGGAUCAGAAUAUACCAGAGCUCUGUUUCUUUUGAGUAAAGGAAUGUUGCUGCUGAUGGAACGUAAGCUGCAGGAGGUGCAUCCUUUGCUCACAUUGUGCGGGCAGAUCGUGGAGAACUGGCAAGGAAACCCCAUACAGAAGGAAUCCCUUAGGGUCUUUUUCUUGGUGCUGCAAGUCACACAUUACCUGGAUGCCGGACAGGUGAAAAGCGUGAAGCCAUGUUUAAAGCAACUCCAGCAGUGCAUCCAGACCAUCUCAACACUCCACGAUGAUGAGAUCUUGCCCAGUAACCCAGCAGAUCUCUUCCACUGGCUUCCUAAAGAGCAUAUGUGUGUGCUUGUCUACUUGGUCACUGUAAUGCACUCGAUGCAGGCCGGAUACUUGGAGAAGGCGCAAAAGUACACAGACAAGGCUCUAAUGCAACUAGAGAAACUAAAGAUGUUGGACUGUAGUCCCAUCCUCUCAUCAUUCCAAGUCAUCCUGCUGGAGCACAUCAUCAUGUGUCGCCUGGUUACAGGUCACAAAGCGACGGCGCUGCAGGAGAUUUCUCAGGUGUGCCAGCUGUGCCAGCAAUCUCCUCGUCUGUUCUCUAACCACGCUGCUCAGCUCCAUACGCUAUUAGGGCUCUACUGUAUUUCUGUGAACUGUAUGGACAACGCAGAAGCUCAGUUCACUACAGCCUUGCGGCUUACUACACACCAGGAGCUUUGGACCUUCAUCGUGACCAACCUGGCCAGUGUGUACAUUAGGGAGGGCAACCGACACCAAGAGCUGUAUAGCCUACUAGAGAGAAUAAACCCUGACCACAACUUCCCUGUCAGUUCUCACUGUCUGCGAGCCGCAGCCUUUUAUAUCCGAGGUCUCCUCUCCUUCUUCCAGGGACGCUACAAUGAGGCCAAGCGUUUCCUGCGUGAGACUCUAAAGAUGUCCAAUGCUGAGGAUCUGAAUCGACUGACCGCGUGCUCGCUUGUUCUUCUCGGACACAUAUUCUACGUUCUGGGAAACCACAGGGAAAGCAACAAUAUGGUGGUUCCAGCCAUGCAGUUGGCCAGCAAAAUUCCUGACAUGUCUGUUCAGCUCUGGUCUUCUGCCCUGCUUAAAGAUCUGAACAAGGCCUGUGGGAAUACGAUAGAUGCUCACGAAGCGGCACAGAUGCACCAGAACUUCUCGCAGCAGCUCCUACGGGACCACAUGGCUGCCUGCAGCCUGCCUGAACACAACCUCAUAAGUUGGACAGAUGGACCUCCACCAGUGCAGAUCCAAGCUCAGAAUGGACCCACGACCAGCCUGGCCAGCCUGCUUUGAAUCUACAACACACUGAAAUACACAAACACUCUCACACUCUCACUCACUGUGAGCACACAAGUUGUACAUACAGGUCAGCCUCUGAGCCCUCACAUGCACAUAGAUGAACACACACACGCAUACAUGCAUAUACAUGUUAAAACUAAAGGAGACAGGACUCUACUGCCUUUGUCCUGCAGAUUUUAUCUUCAGAUUUUAACUUAUUCUUAUUGAGCUUGUAUGAUGUUGGGGCAACGAGAUGUCGCCGAGACCGUGGGAGCAGAUGGGAUACGAGUCACGUGAUAAUUAUUUCAUGAACACGUACACAUGGCAAAAUCAAAUAAAUAAAUGAUUAGAAAUGACUAGGCAAGAGUUUGGAGGCAGUCUUAAAAUCUAGUCUAACCACCAUUUAACAAAAGGAGGAAGAUCUCAGUGAAGUCACUUUUCUUUUUCGCAUCAGUUUAGUCACAUUGAUCCGUUUCUUCGUGCACUAACUUGAUUCGAAGACACAUUUCAAUACCUCUUAGAAUUCUUAACAAUUUAACAAAAUUAACUCCAAUACAUUAUUCUUUGUCAGUGAAUAAACCAUACUAGAUUCUUUGUUGGAUUUGUAUUGAAACCUUGAUUACCAGGAUUUUAUUAGUCAACACACUACCUAUUUGACUUUUUCUUUCAUGGUGUCUAGUGACCUUAGGCUUUCAUUCCAACCAAUCAGGAACCACAUCUGAUCUCACAUCUGACUUUAUUUAUAAAUGCUGAUUGCCUGAAAUGAAAACCUACCAGUGACAACAAAACUCUGCAUAAAAUUAAAGACUAUUGAAGACUUCUGGUCUAAACAUGGCCAUGACAGAUUUGGCCUGUCCUGCUUCCCUAAUCUUCAGCAGUCGAUAUAAAAGUCGACAUAAUGACACAUAAUAAGCGGCUAAUUUAAUAUCUAACCCGAGCUUGUACAGGCAGCUAAAAGCUUAAAGGACUUGACGUAAGGAAUAAUCAGCUAACAACAAAAUGCGACACCGUAUUGCAUUUCCUGGUACGCGGACUCGACGUCUUUAACGCUAAGCCACGUCUCAAAAUAUUGCUGCAGCAUCAUCAAGAGAUUUUUUUUUUUGGUCCUAUUUCAUUGUUUAUUUUUUUAACUACAUCUAAAACAUGUAACUAAAUGCAUAGUAAUCUUUUCUGUUUUUUUUAUUUGCAGUUUAUGUCUUGUGUGGGGUAUUUCAAAAAAUAUGUAUAGAUUUUCUCUAUUUUGAGCACUGCAGAUAUUUUAGCAGUAUCAAACUUUUAUUACCAGUGGCAGUUUGUUAGUUAAGAGCAUUUUGGCAAUACUGUUUAGGGGAAUACUGUGCUAGGUCCAGAAGCAAAGGUUAAAUCUUUUUGUCAGCAAAGUGUUGGCUUUUGGCAACAUUUUUUUAAAGGCUGAAAAGCACCAGCAUGCAGUCACAGAUCAUUGAACAUCAUCUUUAUGUUCAAUUAACUUUUCACCGCUAUUUAUUGUUAUACAUUUUGAGCUUGUCUUUCAGUUUGUUCCACAGGUAGUUUUGAAUUCCAUUUGCGAUGCAGAUAAAAAUAUAAGCAAGAGAGGGCGCUAGACAGGCAAUUUACCUGUUGUCUGUUUACAUGGCCCAUAGUUAUAAACGAACCCUCUUUAAGCUGAAGUUGGUUGUCUCUGGAUGUGUUUCCCAUAGCAAACUGAUUCCAGAUCAGCGCUUCUUCAUCUUUACACAACUUUUCACAAGGCUGGUGAAAAUGAAGACCUUUUGUAAUAUUCUAGUAAAUAUUUCUUGUAAUUUCUCAAAACGUCAGAUUUUCUUUUUUUGGGAGACGUGAUGUCUUCUGUACUGAAAUGUCGCAGUGCUUUUCUGUUUCCCUUUUUCCCUUAUCCACUGUACAAACCCUGCUAAGACAGCUUUUUUUUAAAAGGUAUUUACCCCUUUUCUGUAGUUUUAACAAAUAAAUUUAUCCAUUUAUUAAAUUUUGUAAAGUUUGAAUAUUUAUAUGCUGCAUUUAUCCAUAUUAUUAUUCUUGUCAUUAUUUUCAUCAGAUUUCAAAAACCCUUUGCAUAAAUGUUACAAAAAGCA